GGAAACGGCCCCAGCGAUGGUGGCGUGGCAGCCCGGCGUGGCAGAGAGGGCAGCGGGGAGCCGUCAGCCCUGGAGAUGGCUGUGAACUCCAUCUACUACUCGAGAGAUGAAGUGAACACCUUCUGGGUGACGGUGCAACGGACUGAGGCUGCGGAGCGAUGUGAGCUGCGUGGCACCUACCUGCUCAAGGCCGAGCGCGACAGCCUUGUCCUGAAGGACCCGCGGACAAAUGAGAUCCUCUAUGUCUGGCCCUACCGGCUGCUCCGGAGAUACGGUCGGGACAAGAUCCGCCAGGCCCUGGCUGACUCCCUGAGCCUGGAGCUGCCCGCGGAGGGGGAUGACACCCAGGCACCCAAGGUGGGGCUGGUGCCCAGGCCCAGUGCAGCAGCAGAGGAGAGAGACGCCACAUCUGUGCUGAAGACCCGGACUUUGCCAGAGCUCCCUGUGCCACAGGCCAAGCACACGGUCCCGAGCACACCCCCACGCUCCCCUCUGCCAAAGGUGCCCCACGCUGUGCUGCCAGCCGAGGAUCUGUCCAGUGUGUACUCGGAGCCCCUGGACUCAGUGAAGGGCGUCCGACCCUGG